GAGUGGGGGCACAGGCUGUAGUGAACUCAAGGAAACAUCUCGGAGGCUCGUUGAUGAUGUGGAAGCCGCACUACUCCGAAAGAUAUUUCUUUACUCUCAGUACUCGAAUUUUUCUUAUUCCCUCGGUUUUUUAUUUGAAUUCGUGCCCCCCAGUGAAUAACAAAUUGACUGAGACCCAUUGUGCUAGGAGUGGGGACUGUUGAUCUUGUUGUUGUUGAUUUGUACAGCUCACUGCGUGACAUUUCAAUAAUCAAAGAUGCUAAGGACGGUCUUGAUGAGUUUCCUGGUGGUCCUGGCUGUUGCCCAUGGGAUUCCCAAGCCUGAGGAUGAGGUGAAACAUCGGGUUCUCGAUAAGAGUUUGAGUGAUGAAGAGCACUUCAUAAAAUCCCACCACAACCCAGAGUACGACCAUGAGGCUUUCCUCGGCGAAGAGGCGAAGACGUUUGACCAGUUAUCCCCUGAGGAGAGCACCAGGAGGCUAGGGAUAAUUGUGGACAAGAUUGAUAAAGAUAAGGAUGGAUUCGUCACCCAGGAAGAGCUGAAGGACUGGAUCAGAUACACACAGCAGAGGUACAUAAGGGACGAUGUGGAUCGCCAGUGGAAGUCCCACAAUCCUGAGGACAAGGACACCCUCCCCUGGGAAAGCUACAAGAAGCUGGUGUAUGGGUUCAUGGAUGAGAGCGAUUUCCAGGCAAAGGAGAAUGACGAGAACUGGUCGUACGUCGUCAUGUUGAAGAGGGAUAGGAGGCGAUGGUCUGUUGCUGAUCGAGAUGGUGACGAUGCACUCACAAAAGAAGAGUUCACUGCAUUUCUUCAUCCUGAGGAGACUGAUCACAUGAAGGACGUCGUCGUCGAGGAGACCUUGGAAGAUAUUGACAAGGAUGGCGAUGGGAAAAUCUCAUUGGCUGAAUAUAUCGGUGAUAUGUACAGAGGGUCUGAUGAGGAAGAGCCUGAGUGGGUGAAGAAUGAAAAAGAACAGUUCACUGACUACAGGGAUAAGGAUAAGGACGGGUUUAUGGAUAAUGAAGAGGUGAAAAAUUGGAUAAUCCCUGAAGACUUCGACCACGCGGAGGCAGAGGCUCGUCACUUGAUCUACGAAGCUGAUCAAAACUCUGAUCAAAAGCUCACGAAAGAGGAAAUCCUUGAGAAAUACGACGUUUUCGUUGGCUCACAGGCUACGGACUUCGGCGAGGCCCUGACGAGACACGACGAGUUCUAAGAAUCUCAAAUUCUCUAGUCAAUUCCCAGGACUGACUGAGAUGCAGAUCACUAAGUGUCAUGCCUUAAAAAGGAAAAAUCUAAUAAAUUCUCUAACUAGUUCUAGUGACUCCUCCUUAAUUGUACUAUCAAAAUUUUUAUAUUUGUAUAAAAAAUUAUAUUUUUAUCUCCUGUUGCGUCAGUCAUCAACAUUUCGAGAUUCAUUCUGUGUAAGAUAGUGUUAAGAUCGCAGUGUUCAUCCAAAAAUAUUCGAAACGCAGGCAUUAAUAUUAGCGUUACUCAUGCUGACGAAAGCGAAUAAAAGAAGUUUAUAACGA